GCAGAGGACGUAACAACGGAGGACAAGGUAACGUAGGGAGAUAGCAACAGGACAUGGGCGGGACUGCCCUACACACGACGGACAGGUACUCAUUGCAUGUGGUAAGGAGACUCGACGAACCAUUGGUGUUAGUGAUCGCAGAGCUCCAGCUCCAUACCAGGUUGUGUAUAGUUGAGGAGGCAGAGUAUGUUCGCCGGGCAUUGCAUGAGGCUAGGGGAACAGGACUUUGGAUCGGAGUGGAAGGAGUACGAAGGAUAAAGUACGUACUACGCACGACACCAUUGGAUGGGAGACCUCUGAUAAGGGUGUGGUACGAGACGCUCAGAGAGACUGAGAGACUGAAGAUAAGCGAGGCCGGGAGAGCUGAGGAAUUAGGGAGAGUUAUAAUAAACGGAGCGAUACUGAGGGUGCUAGCUGCUCAUGACCGAUACUGGAGGGAAUCGAUAAAGACUUUAGAGGCCAUAGAGGAUAGUGGAGAUGAGGAGAAUUUUGAGACGUUCUAUGGAGAGGAGUACAGGACAUCGCCCGACCGAGCACUGAGGGAUCUGAAGGAACGAAUUAGGCAGGGGGCACCGCUGAGAUGGGCUGACCAAACCAAUGACGGAGAGCCCGACGUAAUGGGCGAGCUGGACGUGACAGAGCAGCAGGAGGCUCUGAAGACUGGAACCUCGAACGCUCAACAAAAAGCGACGGCACGACGUUCCCCCGACUAUGAACGGAGGGAAACUAGGACGGAUAGGCGCGGGGACGACUGGAGAGAGAGUUCGCGAGAUUCCUAUUGGAGGGACAGAGACAAGGAUAAAGCACCGCCCCGGCGAGUCUUCGACCCCCAGACGGGGGAGUCACAUCCGCUCCCUUACGAGAGCAAAGAUCGCUAUAUUAUUACGCAUAAGGCCUCGGAGCCUCCUACUUUCAGGGGCUAUGGUAUCACAGAAUAUCUGGAGAAGUGGGAGCUUCAUGCUAGACAGAGUCAGCGGUCGGAGAAAGAGAUUAUAGAAAACUUCCUAUUUAAUGUGGAUCCAAGUCUCGGCAAGGAAGUUGAGGAAGCCCGACCGAAGGAUGGAAAAUGGACUACGUAUAAGAAGAACCUCAUUGAGCUUUACAAAUUAGAGGAUAACAAGUACUCCAUCAAGGACCUUGAGACUAUGACUCGAGAUGAAGAUGAGAGCGUGCGGGCAUUUGGGAUGCGUUUCCAGAAGAUCUUUGACUUGCUGAUGAAGAAGGGAAAGAUUUUAGAGGUCGAGCGCUAUACUAUCUUCAUUGGACACCUAUCCAAAGGUAGACAAAAGAGUAUACUUAGAGAUCUCCCGCGCGACAAACUUGAUUUCCCUGAAGUCCUUAAACUCGUGAUAAAGGCAGAGGCAAACGAUUACAAGGACUUGGUAUGGAGAGGAAUGAGGAGACGUGACUUCUCUCUCUAUAAGGAGUAUGUCACUGAUAGAUGUCAUGAUUUCAAAGACUAUCCCUGGUCGGAAAAGAAUGAAGCCGUGGCUGAGGAAGUGAAGGAGAUAAGGGACAUGGGGUGGUACGACCGAGGAGAUCGACGCGAUGAGUCGCGCGGGCGAUACGACCAUGGGGACCGCCGGAAUGACUCACGGGGACGAUAUGAGCAAGGAGGAUCCGGAGGAGACCGCCGGAAUGAUUCGCGUGGCCGGAAUGAGAGAGGGGGAUAUAGCGCGUCAUCCGAUCCGCAUACAAAGUCCCCUGACCCCAGAGCAGGGAGAGGUUCGACCUCCUGGGGCGCAGACGACAGGCCACCCACUCCCAGGAACUCUUGCGUCUACUGUAGAGGGGAUGAUCAUAUCAAGAGAGACUGCCUGGAUCUCAAACGGGCAAUAGAUGAGGGACUUGUCGUGCUUGAUGACCGCAAGUACGUCAAGUGGGCAGAUGAUCUGAGAGACGUAUCGAUGUUCCCUUCGAUGAAUGAGAAUGUUGAAGCAAGGAGAGUAAAGCCGAGUAAAGGAAAGAAACCGGUUAGGAGCCAGAGCAUCAAGAUAACUUUCGAAGGAGAUAUGGCAACCACACCCAUAAGGGUGACAGCUACCAAGUCGGAAAGGGGGUCUAUAUCGAAGAAGACCGACAUGGAUUAUGUGAUGGCAGAGAAGGACGGACAGGGGAUUGAUGAAGAGGAGGUUAUUCUUUCACCACGAAAGCGGGGAGUGAAGAAGUUCUUGAUGAAGAGUUCGCUGGAUGAGAUUGACACGGUCGAGCCACUGAGACGGGUCUUCAGUAUUAGAGACAAGUUUUACAUACUUGGGAGUGAGACCGUGGAGGCGGUUCUAAACGAUGGAGCGGUUCUGGAUGCUGUGAUCGAUAACGGCAGUGAGGCUGCCAUUAUAGACGAGGAUCUGGCAGUGCAAGUUGGACUAGGCCUCCAUAGGUCGUACCUAUUCGAGAUAGAGACGGCUGAUGGGAGAAAGCAACAGAUCACCGAGGUUUGUCACAAGGCAGCCAUAGAGGUCCAAAGCGUACGAGCGACCUUGCCAGUCUUUGCAGUCAAGAACUGCAGCUCUGACCUGCUCUUGGGGCGGACGUGGUUAAGCCAUGUGCAUGCGGUGACGAUAGAGCGGCCCGACGGGAGCCAGACAUUGUCCAUCAAGAAGCUAGAUGGGGCGCGAAUUAUGAUUGAGACAGUGGAGCCUUGAGACCCGAGGAACAGAGCAGCCCUCGCUGUGGGUGCAGGGCCCGGUGAUCAGAUUAAGUCAUUACCUAUCUCCGACUACGCG